AUGGCUUCUUUUUCACGUUCAAUAAGACCCCUCACUCGCGUUGCUACCGCUUCGUCGCGCUCGCUGCGACCGGCUGCCCGCGCCGCCCCGCAAUUACGAUGCCUCUCAACCACUGCCGCUCGCCGGGAAGCGAUUGACAUCUCAGAUGUGCCGCCGACGCCUAUUACGCACCUGUCCGAGACGGAGAUGCUCAUGGGCGAGUCCGUCUCGAAAUUCGCCAACGAAGCCAUCCUGCCCAAGGCGCGAGCCAUGGACGAGGCCGAAGCGAUGGACCCGGCGGUUGUAGAGCAGCUCUUCGAGCAAGGUCUCAUGGGCAUCGAGAUACCCGAGGAAUACGGCGGCUCAGGCAUGAACUUCACAUCGGCCAUCAUCGCCAUCGAGGAGCUCGCGCGCGUCGACCCCAGUGUGAGCGUCAUGUGCGACGUCCACAACACACUUGUCAACACAGCCAUCCUGAAGUACGGCUCCGAGAAGCUUAAGAAGGAAUGGCUGCCUAAGCUCGCCACCAACACCGUCGGUUCCUUCUGUCUCUCAGAGCCUGUAUCCGGAUCCGAUGCCUUCGCCCUCGCUACAAAGGCCACACGAACAGACAACGGCUACAAGAUCAGCGGAAGCAAGAUGUGGAUAACGAACAGCGUCGAAGCCAACUUCUUCAUUGUCUUCGCCAACCUCGAUCCCAGCAAGAAGUACAAGGGCAUCACUGCGUUUAUCGUAGAGAAGGGCACACCGGGCUUCUCUAUCGCGAAGAAGGAGAAGAAACUCGGUAUCAAGGCGAGCAGUACCUGCGUCAUCAACUUCGACGACGUCGAGAUCCCCAAGGACAAUCUGCUGGGUAAGGAGUUUGAGGGCUACAAGUACGCUAUUGCGCUGUUGAACGAGGGUCGUAUCGGCAUCGCAGCACAGAUGACGGGUCUUGCGCUGGGAGCUUGGGAGAACGCCGCUGGCUACGCCUGGAACGACCGCAAGCAAUUCGGCCAACUAAUCGGCGAAUUCCAAUCCAUGCAGCACCAACUCGCCCAAGCCUGGACCGAAAUCCAAGCCGCCCGCGCCCUCGUCUACAACGCCGCGCGCAAGAAGGAGGCGGGUGAGGACUUCAUCAUGGAUGCUGCUAUGGCGAAGCUCAUGUCGAGUCAAGUCGCUGGACGUGUGAGCGGCCAGGCGAUUGAGUGGAUGGGUGGUAUGGGCUUUGUGAGGGAGGGGCUUGCGGAGAAGUAUUUCAGGGAUAGUAAGAUUGGCGCGAUUUAUGAGGGGACGAGUAAUAUUCAGCUUACGACUAUUGGGAAGCAUUUGCAGAAGAGGUAUACGAAGUAG